AAUGAUGGCUACACAAGCUAUACCAAGACACUAAACCUCCAAUGCAGACGCCUACACAAAUCGCUAGCACACCGCUUAACGAUGGUGAAACCACAUCGCAGAAAAGAACACCACGUAGGGGGCGAGAGUUGGCCAUGCGUCAGGUUCCAGAAAAACUUAAUUCUAUCCCGGUGUCGUCCACAACAGCAACAGGAACUCUACCAACGGGACGUUUGCCAACAUUGACACGUAAUCUACAUCUGACAGCAGGCAGUUCACCUAAAAUAAGCAUCACCGAAACGAUUACAACGCGCUCGGCUGUCACCAUUUCAACCGCACCGAAGCGCAUGACACGCGCUACCUCUGUGGCCGAAGUGGUUGUGAUAAUACAAAAUACUGAAAUUAAACAUGAGAAUGUCGAUGAUGACUUUGUUGGUAGUAAUUAA